AUGGAUGAUAGCUUUAAACUAGUUCUCAAGUUACAAACUCCUCUUGGAGGAUUUCAGAGUAUUUUGUUUCCUGCAUCGCAUCUGAUCAUUUUUGGCAUUCUACAAAGCUAUCAUGCCAAUGAGAGAUUUGACUUCAACUGUGAUCCCAAACCCAGUGAUUUUAUCAGACAACUUUGCUAUGACAACUACAUUUCCACAGUUACCAAGCCUCAUGGGUUAAUACCUCGGAACGUUGUUGCCAUAACCUUCAGUGUUUUGUGUGCAUGCUGGAUCGGCUUUGCAAUUUAUGGUGUUGUGACCCUUCGAAAAAGACCAGGAUGCAAGGAAAAAAACACAAAGAAAUUUCUUCGCGCCUACUUCAUCCAUGUAUUCUUUCGAAUAUUUUUCCUAAGUGUUAUGUUAGGGCUGGUCUGCAGUUACCAAACAAUUUUUUUACCUUCGGUUUUUAAGUGUGGUGUUAAUGAGACCUUGCAGACCAACAGUCAAACCACGCCAAGUCCACUCAACCAGACAAAAUUAAAACGGCAAUGUAAUGAUCGUCAUCACGAGGAGAAAUCAAACCUAAACAUAACUGUUAUCUCUGUCGAUGCCUUCUUUAUGGUGCUCAGUAUAUUGGAAGUCCUGCACUUGUACCGUAUCAGGGAAAACUAUGUGCAAAAGUUGUUAGGAAACCUUGAAGACUUUGAGGUUCAAGAGUUACUGCAAAAAAAACCAACCAUCACAAACACAGAAGUAGAAGUUGACAAGAAUUUCAUUGUUACCUGGUCAGCACCUGAGGCCAGCAGCAGUAAUCGCAGCAUUAAAUACCGUCUGGAAUGUAGGAAACAAUCCGUGACAGGAUCCACAAAAGUCUUUCAACAAGGAGAUAUUGUUGAAACUCGCCACACGAUAACUGGUCUUGAGUAUGACACAGAGUACGAAGUGAAACUGUUCGCUGUCAGCGAACAAGGAGACAGUGAGCCAGAUGUCAGAAUAUUUAAGACAAAGAGUGGUAUGUACCUUUAUUUAAGACUUCUCGCUUUACUUUUGGUAGAACUGUUUGAAAUGAAAUAA